CUAUGUCAUUUCUCUACUGUUUGUGUGACACUGUGAACGGUGAAAGGUGGGACUAUUUCCACUUCACACUUCUCAGUGUUUAGUAUACACUGUCUGUGAAGCUAUGUUAUAUCUGCUGUGAAGAUACAUGAUGUUCCAUUAAUUUCCAUCCUGGUAACUUUUUCCUGUACAGUACUCAACAGCAGUCGUUGAACUGGUGGCAGAGAAGAUCAGAGAUGUCCCUGCUCCCAGCGCUCCCUUUGCCAUCCAGGACAACGACAAUACAGCCCACGUUGAGGUAUCGCCUCUUCGGUCGGCCACUGACAAAAAUAAAGAAGGAAGGAAAAGAUCAGGAAGAGGACAAGGAAAACGUCACCACAAAGAAGAACAAGAAGGCCAAGAAGUCAAGGCGGUGGCGUUGUUGCAAGAAUAGAUGUUGCGUGUCCCCAGCCCCCCAAGAAGAAGAGACUCCAGAGAAGUGCCACUUAUCAGCAUCCCAACAUGAGGUGGUGGCUACCAAAAGACCAGUGGAGAAAGAGGAGGAACCAGUGAAGGACGACAGGUUUCCUCAGGCCCUGCUCACCAAAAAGGACAAAGUAGCUGUGACCACACAGAAAAAACUCAGGAGUGACCACAUUAAGUGUCUUGGGUUUCCCAACCCAGCACAGAUAUGUUAUAUUAACUCCAGCCUGCAGAGCCUCCUCACACUGGAGGACUUUGUGACAGCCAUCAGUCACCAGGAGCAGGUUUGGAGUCUAAUACCUGAAGCGGCAGUCCUAAGAACAUUCAAGAACAUCAGCGAGCAUCACUUCUCCAGUGAUGCUCAGGAGAAACUCCGCCUUCUUGCCGCAUUCAAGAGGGCGGUGGCUCUGUGGGCUCCAGAGUUCGGGGACCAUCAGCAGAAAGACGCCCAUGAGUUCCUGACAGUUGUCUUUGACCAAAUAAGAUAUUGGGGCCCACAGCUGCAGGUGCUGACUGCCGGCAUGGGCAUGGCCUACAGCUGUCCAGUGGAAGACCACCUGAUGUUUAAAAUGCGAAACACCAGGACAUGCAAGAGUUGCGGAGCAGGUUCCACCAGAGAGGAAGACUUUACAAAUCUGUCUCUGGACCUUCCAGCUGGAGGUGGUACUGUUGAAAACAUGCUGGAUAAUUACCUGAUGGAGACAGAGUUGGAGUACAGGUGUGAGUGUGGUGCCACCAAAUCAGGCCAGCGCUCAUCAUUCGCCACCCUGCCAAGAGUGCUGGUCCUGCAUUUGAAGCGUUUCCGGUACACUCCAACUUUCCAGCUAGAGAAGAUCCAUGACGCUGUCAAUCUACAGAGGGAGCUGGUGGUGUCUUCAGGCCAGCAUGGUGCAUGCUACAGUUUAGUGAGCACCAUAAAUCACAUCGGCGCCACAGCAAGAAGUGGACACUACAUCUGCGACGGAGUGGACCCCGACGUUGGACCCGUGGACCUGACAGACCGCUGGUUCACAUAUAAUGACACAGUGGUCACUCAAACAAGCGGCGUCAAUGUGUGCAACCAGCGGCAAAGAUCAUCUUACAUCCUGUUUUAUCGGAGACACGUAAGAGGGCAGCAGUGUCACAUGUGCACUGCAGUUAAACAUAUUAUGUGAUAGUUACACACACAAUGUGAACACUGCUCUUUCAGACAGAUUACAGUUGAGAGGACGGAUUUAGGAAUACAUCUGUAUUCAUUUUGAAUGUGUUUCUAGCCAGAGGACUAGACAGCAGGACAGCGGAUGAGGACCCAGCGGCAGGGACCAGAGGACAGGACUUGGACAGAUGACCUGGAGGCCCAAUAGACGUGUCAAAUGGAGGGAGCUGAAGGACACAGCCCUCAGGAGGAUGGGCCCCCCCAGAGAGCCAGGUUCCUCCCAAGGUUUCUCCCUCAGAGGGAGUUUUUCCUUGCCACAGUCGCCCAAAAUCACAGCUCUAGUGAGCAGUGACAGGACUAAAUAUUUUAGCUCCAGGUAAAAGUUUUACUGUCCUGUCAUCCUGUACAGUUGAUUUAAUCUUCUCUGUACAGCUCUGGCUUGCUCUCUGGGGAGAUGGUAAGGUGAUCAUAAAGGCCUUUGAUACGUCUAAACUAGGGAUGGGUGAUAUGGACUUAAAAUUUUAUCACAAUACUGUUUUUUAUGGCGAUAACAAUAUAAAUGACCAUUCAACACCAUGUUAUCACAGUAAUUCCCUUAUGAUGACUGUUAUGGUUAGGGCUGCAACUAAAGACUAUUUUCUAAGUCAGUUAAUCUGGAGAUUAUUUUUCCAAUUAUUAUUUCUGUCACACCCUCUAUCUCUGUUCUGGGAGGAGGGGUGUUAGAUGUCUGUGCAGAAACUUACAGCACUUGUAUGAGCUUUUCUUGCUCACACAGAGAUGCACAAGAAACAGGAAGCUGGGAGAGAAAUGCAAAUGUAAACGAUCUUUUGAUUUUUACAUUUUUUCUUUGCUUUUCUUGAGAGGGCGAGGGGACUCAUGUCGUAUUAGUAAUUACAUUCAACGGAAGUGAUACUGCACCCCAGCACCUCCUGUGCAGAUUUCUUUCCCGGUAUAUCGCCAACAAUAGUAUAUCGCCCAUCCCUAAUCUCCACAUACAACACAAAUAUUUCAGAGAUUACAACCAAAAAUAACAGUUAAAUAAAUCAUUUCCUAC